CAAUAAUAAGCUGAAUAGUGAACUGUGAACAAACGAUGUUCUUUAUCGUGUAGUUUUUUAGCCAAUAUUGACGCCUAUUGAUUUGGUUAGACAAUAACAUUUGAAACCAGCUUGACUUGCUCAUGGAUGACGUCAAUACAGGAGAAACGGAAGUCAGAUUUUCAGAACUCUAUACAGAUUUACAAAUAGCCAGAAGUAGUACUGGUUACCUUUGUUGCCUCUCAGGGUCGUGUUUAAUACUGUAAGAAGGAGACGUUUAUAUCAAAAUGUCAGACGUCUUGGGAGCAUUUUGUGUCCCAAAUGUCCCGAAUCUCAGUCUGCCAAUCAUGCAUGGAUUCGCUUUCGGAUUGGUUGUUUUUGGUCAUGUGAUUUUAGUAGAGGGGUUCGUCCAUGACAGAGAAUUGACCACAUCAGAUUCCAUUGAAUCGCAUGAAUCAAGGCACAUUACCAAUGAGAUUAUAAAACAUAUCCACAGUUGUCAAGGUGACAACAUUACUUUGUCAUGUUUGCGGAAAUCCACUCCAAAUAAUGAAGUAAUAAAGUGGUGGAUAAACAGAAAACUCUCACCGAGUAAAUCUCCAACACAUGCGAUGAACAACCUGCAGCACAGAGACAGAGGGAAUUACACGUGUGCUGUUGAAAAUGGUGCUGCGAGACAUGUGAUCACAUUUAUGCUACAUGUUCAUAAAAACAUUUCAGGAGCACACGCAGGCAAAGCCUUAACAUUCACCCAAGAAACGAAUACUGCAGGCAUAACAUCCCCAAGACAUUUCGCCAAACAAACCCCUUCUGUCAUAUCUGGUAGUGUUAACCAGUGGGACCUUUCGGCUUCUAUAAAGGCCAUAGUUAUAAUAGUUGCACUUGGAGCUUCAUUGACUAUCGUUUUCUUGAUCGGCCUUUUAGUGAUGGGGACUAUUCGGAUUUGGAAAAGAGAGGAUGUCGUUUUAGGCGAUCCUUACUAUAAAAGUGAAGAGUGGCAAUAAACACUGUCUUUAUGGAUUUGUACUUUUAUAAACAUAAUCUUAUAUUUUCACAUGUGUUAUUGUUAUCAAUACUAUAAACAUAUAAAACAUUCUUGUGGAAAGUGUGAUGAAAAUGAUUUCUUCAGUAUAAUAUUGAUUUCGACCACCUUAUAUUUAAACAAGGAAGAUUGGGUCCCAUGGUUCCAACUCGAUAUUCUGCCAUAUAUUGAGUCAUGUUGUGAUUACAAAAUUCAAAAUUAAAGAGCC